GUCACCAUCAGCACCAUAUCAGUGGUCAUAACAACGAAGACAAUGACAACCAGUUAAGACAUAAAGCAGAUCUGUUGCGCCAUUUGCUUGACUUUUAUGCCAUGAGAGGUGUCGGCAGCGGCGGCGGCGUCGGCGGCGGUGGUGUUAGUCUGAAAAAGAGAGGCGAAGGACCGCAGCUGUCGAUUGUGAAUCCGUUGGACGUAUUAAGACAGCGAUUGCUGUUGGAGUUGGCCCGCAGGCGGAUGAAAGAAAAUCAGGAUCAGAUCCAAGUGAAUGCAGAGAUUUUGAAAAAGAUUGGCAAACGAAGUGUCAGACCAGAAGACGAAGAAACAGAAACAGAAGAACAAGAAGACGAAGAAGACAUAACCACAACAACAACUACUAGUAGUGACAGACCAGUUGUUGGAUUAGUUUCUUCAUCACCUCUUCGUCAUCGUCUUCUUCUUCUUCAUCAUAAUCAUUAUCAUACACUACCACCUCUUCCUGUCCAUCAUCUGCUGACAACAAGACGGCGAAGACAUUGUUUUCGGAUAAAGGCAUUGAAUAUAUGA